CCCUCAAGGUGUUCUUCGAUCUGCGGAUCGGCGAGGAGGACGUGGGCCGCGUCGUCAUCGGGCUCUUUGGCAAGACGGUGCCCAAGACAGUGGAGAACUUUGUGGCGUUGGCCACCGGAGAGAAAGGAUUCGGCUUCAAGGGCAGCAAGUUCCACCGUGUGAUCAAGGACUUUAUGAUCCAGGGAGGAGACUUUACCCGCGGAGAUGGCACCGGAGGAAAAAGUAUCUAUGGGGACCGUUUCCCUGACGAGAACUUCAAGCUGAAGCACUACGGCCCUGGCUGGGUGAGCAUGGCCAACGCCGGCAAGGACACCAACGGUUCCCAGUUCUUCAUCACCACGGUGAAGACGCCGUGGCUGGACGGCAAGCACGUGGUGUUCGGCAAAGUGCUGGAGGGCAUGGUAAGGGGGCGGUGGGGUG